CCAGCAGUGCCAGCCACCAGUUCCGCCCACCUGUGCCCAGCAGUCAGUGCACCCUCCUGUGCCCAGCAGUGCACCCACCUGUGCCACCCAGCAGUGCCACACACCUGUGCUCAGAAGUGCCACCUACCUGUGCCAAGCAGCGCCACCCACCUGUGCCCACCCACAUGUGCCCACCAGUGCCACCCACCAGUGCCCAACAGUGCUGCCAGUCAGUGCCCAGUGGUUGUGCCAGUCAGUGCCCAGCAGUUGUGCCAGUCAAUACCUAGCAGUGUCGCCAGUCAGUGCCCGGCAGUGAUGCCAGUCAGUGCCACC